GUGUUUGCUGGAGAAGUGCUGCAGUGAGGAGAUAUGAAGGACACUUUCAAUGGAUCACAGUGGCUCUGAUGAUGGAGGUGGUACAGUCUGCCCCUGAGAGUUUUACUAGCACAUUUAGGAAGAAGACUCCCCUUCCUCUGGUCCAGCUGGUCGAGGAAGUCAGGAGGGAUACAAAUGUUCCACAUCAUCUUUUGGAAACCAAGAUCUUUACCAAACUCAAAAACAACAGUUUAAUUCAAGCAGAGCCCUCAGAAGUACAUUUUAGUGGGUUUGAACUGGGGAAGGAUUACAAGCAGGUGUUGAAAGUUAUCAACAUUUCUUCUGAAGUCAUAGAUAUUCACAUCAUUCCAACUCAAACAAAAUAUUUUCAGACAGCGUACACAAAACAGUAUCGUUUGGUUCCGGGGCUUUCUUAUACAAUAAAGUUGAACUUCUUCCCUGAUGAGUGGCGGUACUUCUAUGACUGCAUUCGCAUUCACUGCAAGAAUGAAGAAAAUGUACUGGUACCUGUCCAUGCCUAUCCUGUGAUUGAUGACCUGGACAUCCCAUCAUAUAUCAGCCUGCCAGCUGUGCCCCUGGGCCAAAGUGCAGACCAUGUGAUCCCACUUAGCUGCAGCUGCCCAGUUGACUUUGAGUUCCAGGUCUACUGUCUCCAGCCCAGCGAGGCUUUUUCCAUACAGCCACUCUCAGGAGUCAUCCCAGCUAGAGGCGUAGCCGAUGUUACCGUGACAUUCACACCUUUCCAGUAUGGCACAGCCCAGGUCACCGUUCAGGUGGUCAUCUCCCAGUUCAACUCCAGGCCUUACGUGUGCACCCUCAGUGGCCGCUGUCUGCCCAACCUGGCUCUCAGUCAACAGAACAGCCAUGGUGAUGAUGAGCAGCCAAGCGAUCAGAAAGGCCCCACUUGCUUAUCGAUGGCAACCAAACCUAAACUUCGAGCAACCCGUCCCCAGGUGAAAAUUAAGGAGCAGAAGAAAGCUGAGGCUCCAUACCAGAAGAGUCCUAUAGAUGCCCGGACACCUGCCGGAGUAGCCAAGCUGCUGAUGAAGCCGCAAGAUAAGCUGACCGCCAAAGAGCUCCGAGAAGCCAUGUCUUACACAAGAGUGGAACACAAGAGCCGACAGGUGAAAGAGGCUCUCUUUGAGAACCAAAUCAAACAGGAUGUGCAGGAGGAAAGAGCCAAUCGUCUGAGAUGGCAAGUUCAUCUAGGGAAGGAUGCACUUUCAACAGAGGCCAGGGUUAAGAUUUUGGAAGAGAGGAAGUUUGCUGUAAGCGAAUACAAGAUAAAGAAGGGACAGCUGAACGACCCGGACGACUUCGCCAGGACUCAGACGAAAGUCUCCACGAGGCGGGCGGUUCGCAACGUUGGCCAGCUGCCAGACUGUGUUCCCAAAUUCCAUACAUUCUUUGGGAGCCAUCUUGAGAUCAGGCAGAGAGCUCUCAGAACCUUCCAGCAGGCAGCCCGCAAGAUUACCUUACGUUGCAGAAUGGAUAGAAGGCUUGCAGGUAUAAGGCAACCGAUAGAGAUCAUGGAGAACCCAUCUAAAGGAUCAGUCAAUCUGAAUGAGAUGGAAGAUGUGUCCAGUCCUGAGAAGAUGACCUCAGACAUGGAUCUGGCAGCCCCCUCACUCAGAGACCAGGAGACUACAGAUGAACUUAAUGUGAGUACAGAGGGACCAGUUCCUGUGAACCUGUCAGAGGUCAAGAUUACAACACAGACCCCCACUGUUGAGCUGAAGUUUACAAAGGCAAAGGCUUCUAAGCAGAAUGAACAGGUCCCACGCUUGGAGGCUGCAGUCAGUGACAUUCCCCUAGAGCUCACCAAACCUCCCAAGGUGGACCUGCAACUUCCAGUUCCUCCCCCACGCCCCCCCUCCCGCCCCGAGCCCGACUCGGAGGAGGAGAGGGAGAAGGAGCGGAAGAGGCGAGAGGAGAAGAGGAGGAGGUGCGAGGAGAGGAAGAGGCGACAGAGGAGGAGAGAGGAGAAAAAGAAGAGAGAGGAGGAGAACAGAGAGGAGAAGAGGAAUGAGGAAGAGAAGGGUGAAGCAAUGGCUGACAUCAUCCAUCUGUCUUUCUCCGCCCCGGGUGGCCUGAUGGAGCCCCCUCCAGCUCACCCCCUUCGCAUCUUCAACCCCUGCCCUGGUCUGCAUGCCUACCGGCCGAGCCUGAGCUACAUGGAGAAUGACCUGGAGUUCCACCUCUGCCCGCUGCCCAGGUACACCGUCUCCAAGGGCAACGUCAUGGGCAUCCACACGGUGGGAACGCAGAAGGAGUUUCUGGACCGGACGAAUGUUAUCCGCGGGGUCAUGACCUGGAAGAAGUUCUCUGGAACAGCCUUGUCUAUCCUGUCCAGCAGCUCAACCCUCACCAGUAAUUGGGCUCCUCACAUGUCUGACCCCUUGAACGACGCCCUUUUGCCACCCCAAGCUCCGUCACCUCUAAACGACCUCCCUGAGGAGAUAAGGGCAGAAGUCCAGGAUGGACAAACCGAAGGCGAGGAGGUGACCCUCACUCCAGACAUGGUGCGUGCCCAGUUCCCUCUCCUGGAGAGUCAGGAUGCUGCUAAAGAGGGCGCCAGAGUGGACAGCUGUCAGAGUGAAAACAGGACUCACAGUAUGCCGUCGUCCAUGGUCUCAAUGUCCAGACAAAUGCGGGAGCAGCUGCUGUGUUCUUCUGCGUUGUGUCAGUCCAAUCGACUGGGCCGUAGAGUGAAGGCCCGCCUCACCCACCUCCAGAACAAGAACUCCUCCAGCGCUCCGGAGGACAAAUAGUGCCCGCUUUCUGCCCUUAAUGUGCCUCCAUGACCGGAGCAGAUGCCCGGAAACAACGCAUUAGAUGAAAUUACAUUUGGUUUUGUAAAGACGCUCACGCUUAGAAUAUUCAUGAUGCAAAUGGUCGAGAGCUUUUUUCCACACGAAAUCAUCAACAUCA